AUGUCAGCUCAAUACUCUGAUCCUUCAUCUGUUAUUCUCUUAGUUCUCCUCACUAGUAUGAUUGCUGCCACAGCUAUUGGAAAUUCUUUGGUGUGUAUAUCAGUUUAUCUGGUUAAAAAACUACGACAACCAUCCAAUUUUCUUCUGGUUUCGUUGGCAGUCUCAGAUCUGUGUGUAUCUCUCCUGGUGAUGCCCAUUGCUCUUCAUUACGAAUUAGUCGGAAACUGGAACCUUGGACCUAGUACUUGUGACAUGUGGGUGGCUUUUGACGUCACCAGUUGCACGGCAUCCAUUUUGAAUCUGUGUAUGAUCAGUGUGGAUCGUUACCUGGCUAUCACUAAGCCCCUCACUUAUGGGGUCCGAAGAACUUCUCGUAGGAUCUGGAUCUGUAUCAUUUUUGUCUGGGUAUUGUCGUGCCUCAUAAGUGUACCACCUUUAUUAGUUUUGGGUAACGAACACGGAACUUUGGCCAAUCCCACAUGCGAGGUAAGUCAGAACUUUGGUUAUCAACUGUACGCUACUCUUGGCGCUUUCUACAUUCCACUUAUAAUAAUGAUAUUCGUGUACCUCAAAAUAUACAUUGCAGCCAAACGUGUGGUUGAGGCCGAACACAAGUCUCUUGUUUACGCACAACGUAAAUUGUGGAGAAAUGAGAACGUUGCACACAACAAUUCUAUUUCCGAUUCAAUCACAGCGCAAGAAAUGCAUGCGCCUUCUGCUUCUGACAGCAUUUCUGACCAUACUUUUAAAAGCCCUGGUGACGGAGAAAACCAUGAAAAAAACCAAACGAAAAGUAAAUCUUCAGUCUGGAAAGAGAGAAAAGCUUCUGUUACAUUGGGCAUUAUCAUGUCCGCUUUCACUGUUUGUUGGUUACCUUUCUUUGUGUUGGCUCUUCUCCGAGCUAUUGAUGAAGAUAUGUUUAACGUCUCACAUCAAGUUCGAAGCUUAGUUUUGUGGCUUGGUUAUACCAAUUCCAUGAUGAAUCCUAUCAUCUACGUCACAUUUCACCAGGAUUUCCGAAGAACAUUUAAGGAGAUCUUAUGCCUCCGAUGUGCUACUGUGAACAACACCAUGCGGCGAGAAAGAGCGUUAAUCUACUACGCCACAGACUGUAUUGUCCGCUCUCGCCAAAACCAGGAAAUGAAAAGGCUUUCCCAGGAAAAAAACAAUGUCAAUGUACUGAACAAAGAUACCGUUAUCCAUAACUCUCACGAAUCAUUUGUGUGA